UGAUGAAGACCUUAUUAUCUUUUAUUUUAAUCCGCUCUAUUUCUCUGCACACACUCUCUCACAAAAUCCAGCUCCUCUCACAAAUCCUUUUUGCACCUCCAAGAACCAAACAUUUUCCUAAUCCUACUAUUAAAUUUUUGUUUUUUUAGAUUUCUAAAAUGUCUGAAAAAGAUCUUAAAAUAAAAACUGGAGUUUUGAAGCGUUAUGUACAAGAAGCAAAUUCUUAUAAGACUGAAGUACAAAAACAAUCAAGCAAAAUUAAUUCAUUAAAAGAAUCUCAAGAGCCUGAUGAAUAUAUGAUUAAAAAGGCUGGUGAAGUUUUACAAGAAAGUAAACAAAUGUUUAGUUUAGCUUCAAAAAAUGUUCAAAAAGCACGUCUUGAACUUGAAUCGUUGCUAACAUCUUAUGGGGAAGAGAAGAAUGACGAAUUGAAAACUAAUGCUCAACAAAUGAUUCAAAAAGCUUUGGAAUUUGAAAAUAACAAUGCUGCUUAA